GAAUUAUGCAAUGUAACUUAAAAAAUCUAGUGUUACAUAUGCGUAAAUAGUUUAAUUGUAUUUUUAUAAAAUACCUACAUAGAUGAAAAAAAAAUUAAGGAUUAAGAGUAUUCUUGGCUUUAAAAGUUACGUUGGUUUCAUAAAUUCAAAAUGAGUUCGAUAUAUACUUUGCUAAGCGCAAAUGUUCAAAGAAUUUUAACACAUUAUAAAUCAACAAAGUGUUAUAAUUAUUAUAGGAAUUUAUCAUCAAGAGACUUCCUAAACGACGUUUAUUGUCGGACCAAGUUGAAAUGUAAAUCUAAAAAACUUCCUCAAGAUGUUAACCCGCGAGGUGUUUUUGCUUGUAAUGAGUUGGAUUUGUCUGAAGUUCAAGUAUAUGGCUUCGAUUACGACUACACUUUGGCCCACUACAAACCAUCUUUAGAACAUUUAUUAUACAAACUCGGGAGAGAUAUGCUCGUUGAAAAAUAUAAGUAUCCAGCAGAAAUUUCGAAGUUAGAGUAUAAACCUCAUUUUGCUGUAAGGGGAUUACACUAUGACAUAGAAAAGGGAUUGCUUUUAAAAUUAGACUCAUUCCUACAAAUUCAAUUUGGUGCUGUGUACAGAGGUCUAACACCAGUAUCAACAGAGGAAGUCCUUAAAUUAUACAAAAAUAGGAUUAUACCAAUAGCAUAUGUAGAAGAUGACACUAGAGUACAUAAGGAAAAUCGUUCGAAAAUGGUACAUUUGGCGGACCUUUUCUCUGUACCUGAAAUGGGACUACUUUGUAAUGUGGCAGAACAUUUCAUCAGGAAUCACAUUGACUAUCACCCAGAAAUCCUCUUCUUGGAUGUGAAGAAUUCCGUGCAAAGCUGUCAUCCCAUAAUGCAUAAGAUUGUCGCGCAGAAUCUGGAAGAGUAUAUUCGGCCAAAUACAGAUUUAAAAAAAUAUUUCAAACUGUUACAGGAAAAUGAUAAAAAGUUGUUUCUUGUAACAAACAGUCCUUAUCACUUUGUUAACGCUGGCAUGGAAAUGUUGGUUGGCCAUGACUGGCGGGAGUACUUUGACGUCGUUAUAGUAAAUGCGAACAAGCCGAAAUUCUUCACUGAAGUCUCACGACCUAUACGUGUUUUCGAUAAAAAUGCCAACACUCAUAUUUGGGAAAAAGUUACGUCAUUGGAAAAGGGUACUAUUUAUUACGAGGGUACGGUUAAACAACUACAAGACCUGACUGGCUGGAGUGGUCAUCAAGUGUUGUAUUUCGGCGACCAUCCGUACAGUGAUUUGGCCGAUGUAACUCUUGAGCAUGGUUGGCGUACUGGAGCCAUUAUAAAUGAGUUAACGGUAAGAAAAACUAUUAAAAUUGUGUAAUUACUAGUAAUUUUAAAUACCACUAACCAGCUCUCAAACCUUGAUAGAAUGUCAGUUAGUUGUCAGAAGUAACAAAAGCACACAGAGAAACACUGAACAUACACUCUCCAUAGCCCGCUGAGCGACCUUGAACUUCCUCAUACGGUCAGCAGUGAAGGAUUACGUCCCAGAAUCCUUAAGUCAUCACUGGUAACAUGCACUGGUUGUACAAUCUCGUUUUCAAGUUUUGAGGUAUACCUAACGAGAAGACUUGUCGUAAUCUCCCAAACGCUAUCCAGCCAAGUUGAAUCCGUUAGUGACCAUAAUAUUUAUGAAUCUCAAAUAUAGAAGAGAAGAUCCAUAAGCUCACAUUAAUUAUUAUGCAUAAAAAAUAACCAUAAUUUCUUGAAUGUUACCUUCUACUGAGAUAUUGGAAAGAUAAUGCAACAAUUGAGUAAAAUAAAAUGAUCUCUAUAACUAUAAUCAAUAGAAAAAAAUAAUUUUUAUUCAUUAUAGAUUACAUGUAAUUCUUAUUGAGAGUCGUAUUUUACUUUACCACUGGUUCGGAAAAACCCUCUGUCCUGUGAAGAACCAGAAAGAAACCCAGGACUUUUAAAAAAAAGUAAAAUAUUAAAUAUGUAGUAUAGUAAAUUGUACAAACAAUUUACAAAAUUUAUUUUAGAAACAGUUUAAAGCGACCACCUAAUGAGGUACAUAAUACAUGGUUGACCCCUGGGAAUGCCCAGGGGUCAACCGUGUAUGUAUGAGCCACUCUUUGUGUAUUUAUUAUUGCAGUAGGUUAGAAUUGGGCCGCAAUUCUCUUCAGUAGCGGUUCAAAUUUUUAGUCCAACCAAAUUAGUUGGUUAGUAACAUGCUCGCAUGUCAUAUAUCAAUUUAUUUAACCAAUGGAACAUGAUCAUGAUCAUCGUCAUGAUCAUCGUCAUCGUCAUGAUCAUGAUCAUCGUCAUCGUCAUGAUCAUCGUCAUCGUCAUCGUCAUGAUCUACGUCAUCGUCAUCGUCAUGAUCAUCGUCAUCGUCAUGAUCAUCGUCAUCGUCAUGAUCAUCGUCAUCGUCAAGAUCAUCGUCAUCGUCAUGAUCAUGAUCAUCGUCAUGAUCAUCGUCAUCGUCAUGAUCAUCGUCAUCGUCAUGAUCAUCGUCAUCGUCAUGAUCAUCGUCAUCGUCAUGAUCAUCGUCAUCGUCAUGAUCAUCGUCAUCGUCAUGAUCAUGAUCAUCGUCAUCGUCAUGAUCAUCGUCAUCGUCAUCGUCAUGAUCAUCGUCAUCGUCAUGAUCAUCGUCAUGAUCAUCGUCAUGAUCAUCGUCAUCGUCAUGAUCAUGAUCAUCGUCAUCGUCAUGAUCAUCGUCAUCGUCAUGAUCAUCGUCAUCGUCAUGAUCAUGAUCAUCGUCAUCGUCAUGAUCAUCGUCAUCGUCAUCGUCAUGAUCUACGUCAUCGUCAUCGUCAUGAUCAUCGUCAUCGUCAUGAUCAUCGUCAUCGUCAUGAUCAUCGUCAUCGUCAAGAUCAUCGUCAUCGUCAUGAUCAUGAUCAUCGUCAUCGUCAUGAUCAUCGUCAUCGUCAUGAUCAUCGUCAUCGUCAUGAUCAUCGUCAUCGUCAUGAUCAUCGUCAUCGUCAUGAUCAUCGUCAUCGUCAUGAUCAUCGUCAUCGCCAUGAUCAUCGUCAUCGUCAUGAUCAUCGUCAUCGUCAUGAUCAUGAUCAUCGUCAUCGUCAUGAUCAUCGUCAUCGUCAUGAUCAUCGUCAUCGUCAUGAUCAUCGUCAUCGUCAUGAUCAUCGUCAUCGUCAUCGUCAUGAGCAUCGUCAUCGUCAUGAUCAUCGUCAUCGUCAUGAUCAUCGUCAUCGUCAUGAUCAUCGUCAUCGUCAUGAUCAUCGUCAUCGUCAUGAUCAUCGUCAUCGUCAUGAUCAUCGUCAUCGUCAUGAUCAUGAUCAUCGUCAUCGUCAUGAUCAUCGUCAUCGUCAUCGUCAUGAUCAUCGUCAUCGUCAAGAUCAUCGUCAUCGUCAUGAUCAUCGUCAUCGUCAUGAUCAUCGUCAUCGUCAUCGUCAUGAUCAUCGUCAUCGUCAUGAUCAUCGUCAUCGUCAUCGUCAUGAUCAUCGUCAUCGUCAUCGUCAUGAUCAUCGUCAUCGUCAUCGUCAUGAUCAUCGUCAUCGUCAUCGUCAUGAUCAUCGUCAUGACUACAAGGUGCGGUUUGAUUCAUCAUCAUUCGACAAAAUUAGUGCGCAUGAAACGUUUGUUUGUUGAUGGAGGUCUUUUUUAUGUGUAACUAGCGAACGCUUCGCCCGCACAGUCUAUUUUUCUAUCCUACGGGAAUACUCCACUUCCAGUUAAGUAAUAACUGGAAGUGGAGUAUGCUCUAUUUAUUUCAGAUUCAGAGCGUUUGUAAGAUACUGCUGGUAUUGCUGCAUCUAUAUGAUUAAUUUCUAAUGAUACGGCUUGUUUUGACGAACUUCAUUAUGGUCAGUGCUAAUAAAACAGUGUUUUUUUUUUGGAUGAUUAUACCUAGCUCCUAUUACUUGCACGAGUACAAUUAUCAUUACCUUAUUAGCAAAAUCUAUCGUGUAUCAAACACCUCUGCAAUUUCUUCUAUUUAUGGCCAGGUAUUCCGACACGUGUAGGAAUUAAAUUAAAAAGUGUGCGAAGCUGAGCUUUGCUAAUGUUUCAUUAUUGUUUUGUUCUCAUAGCGAGUGCAAGUUGAUUACAACGUUCGUCAAAUAUCUAUAUUGGUGAGUUUAAUCAUUUUUACUGUUCAGAAAUUCAGUUGCGAUUAACUUUUAUUUGUUUUUUUUUUAAUUUUUAGUUUUAACUUCAUACUUGUAUUAUUAAUUGCAGAUCAUGGUCAACACUGAGGAAAACAUUGAUUCUAAUCCUAUCACUAAUCCGUAUUACUAUGCUCAGGAUGUGGAUAAAUUUGUACUAAAUUAUUAAAACCAAGAGGAGCGGCUUCAUGAUUUACCAUCAAAUAAAAUAGCUAUAAAUGAAGAGCGGCAAUCAAAAUCACAGAAAUGUUCCAUAAAGAGAAACCGAAUUCAAGAAUCAUCAUCACUAUCAUAAAUUAUCCGCUAAGAUAAAGAUAAACAAGGUCGUCAUCGUCUAUUUAAAAUAUCAACAUUUACGAAGUUAAUGAGCGAGAAGAAAAUUUUAUCAACGAUCUUAGUGCUAAUAUAACUGUUCAAUAUGUCGUGGAUUCAAUGUAUGAUGAAGUGUUAGAUGCUACAAAUUGUCUUAUAAAAAAAUAAGUGAAAAAUUAUGUAAAAACUAGUAAUUUAAGUAAUGUAGCAUGUUAAAUAUAAUAAAAGUUAUUAUACAUUGAAUUUUAUUGCUGUUUUAUAUUAUCAUUCUUAUAUACAUACAUUCGUUAUUAUAUAUCGUCAUAAUUUAAUUGUGUAGAGCG